UAUACUCAUCAAACGAGUAAAACAUUUGCUAAUAUUAAACACUUUUGCUUUUAGAAAAAAACAAACAUGGCCGUUGAUUCGCCUCUUCAAUCCCGGAUGGUUUCACCGACAACCUCUGAGAAAGAUGUGAAGGCUCUCAAGUUCAUUGAGGAGAUGACUCGGAACCCUGACUCGGUUCAAGAGAAGGUUCUUGGAGAGAUACUUAGUCGUAACUCGAACACCGAAUAUCUGAAACGGUUCGAUAUCAAUGGAGCCGUUGAUCGGAAAACGUUCAAGAGCAAAGUUCCGGUGGUUACGUACGAAGAUUUAAAGCCGGAGAUUCAACGUAUAUCCAACGGUGAUCGUUCUCCGAUCUUGUCUUCUCACCCCAUCACCGAGUUUCUCACAAGCUCUGGAACAUCUGCUGGUGAGAGGAAAUUAAUGCCAACAAUUGAAGAAGACUUAGACCGACGUCAGCUUUUAUACAGUCUUCUCAUGCCUGUGAUGAAUCUGUACGUGCCGGGAUUAGACAAAGGCAAAGGCUUAUACUUCUUAUUUGUGAAGUCGGAGUCUAAGACGUCAGGUGGGUUACCGGCUCGUCCGGUUCUCACGAGUUACUACAAAAGCGACCACUUCAGGCGGCGACCGUACGAUCCGUACAACGUAUACACCAGUCCUAACGAAGCCAUCCUCUGCUCCGACUCGUCUCAAAGCAUGUAUGCUCAAAUGUUAUGUGGUCUAUUAAUGCGCCAUGAAGUUCUCCGACUCGGCGCGGUGUUUGCUUCCGGUCUCCUCCGUGCCUUAAGCUUUCUCCAGAACAAUUGGAAGGAACUUGCUCGAGAUAUCUCAACGGGAACCCUAAGUUCUAGAAUCUUCGAUCCUACGAUUAAAAACCGCAUGUCAAAGAUUUUGAUCAAACCUGAUCAAGAACUUGCUGAGUUUUUGAUUACCCUUCGUUGCCCCACUGGUCACCAGAACGACGUCGUUAGAUAAAACUUUAAGAAAGAUAUAUCAAACCGGUGAUGUGCGGUUUUAGAAUAUAAAGCUCUGUUUCUGAUUAUAAGACUCCCUGUUAGAUUCUUAUUAUGCUGUUGUGUUUAGGGUUUGUGAAACGUACAAUAAAAAUUGAAGUACGUA